AUGUCUACCCUCACGAACCCUGAGCUCAUUGCCAUGGCCCACUCUCAGAUAGUUAAGUGGCACCAGCGGCAUUAUGGGCACUAGACUACUUUCUGACUCUCGACGAUGAGAUCAUGGUCAUCUGGAAUACCAGACGAUGGCGGUAUAUCCAUGGACUGUUUCUUGUUGUAAGAUACUUGCCGUUGGUGUGUUGCCUGACUGCGAUAAUCUAUGCCUUGAUGAGCUUGGACUACUUCCAAUGCGUUCAAAUAUACAAAGGCUCUGGAGCCUUAUUGAUAAUUAUUAUGAUCGCUACCGAAGGCCUCCUAUGUCUUCGGACAGUCGCGCUGUGGUAUAAUAAAAGGGCAGUGAAAUUUCUACUGGUGGUUCUGUAUUUGAAUGCGAAAUCACAAAGUGCCGCCGUACAGGAGGAGCACAUACUUGCAGGAUCGUUCUCCGCUGUCGCUUUCUUUGAGUUUGUUGUUGUAUGCCUCACAUUAAUCCACGGUCUCGCGACAUCUGGAUUCAAACCUUCGAACCGGCUACUGACGUCUUUGCGCGAGGGAAACCUGUUGUUUCAGGCUGUACUUCAUGGCGUGAUGGCCUCACGAAUUAUCUUGUCACUACAGAACGCCGACAGCGUAACGGGUGGAGAACGGCUCCAGGAGUCUGUUCUUCUGAGAUCAUUUGCGCCUAUGCAAUUUGCUCCAUCCCCAGAUCCAGAGAAUGCGAUGACAUCUAUGCAGAGCGAACAUUUUUCUUCGCUGUAUACAGAAGGAUACACUGCAUUGUUGGGAAUAUAA